UCCCUUGAGCCGCCCGCCCUCUGCAGUCUCCGCGACAGCUGCUACGCGAGGAGUCCGGGGCCGAGCCGCCCCACGCAGCAGCCCCUGCCUUUGGGGUGCGCAGGCCCCUCCCUGCCCUGCUGGAGCGGGGGAGCGUUGUGAUCCCUGUUUGAGGGAUGGGGAAACUGAGGCCAGGGGUCGCACAGCUGAAGAAGCAGCCCCUGAGUGACAGACUGUUGCCCUCUGCCCCAUCGGCUUGUACAGUGGGAGACUUAAGUCUCCAAGUGCCCUUAUCUGUACCCGCAAGUGAUCGCAGCACAGCACUGCUGGCCCAAUUCACAGACACCAAGUCAGAGGUGUGGUUGUGGCUCCUUACGAAGAGCCAUAGUUUGUGAAAGAUCCUACCUGAUCAUGCUGGAGCACACCAAGAUGAGAUGGUUUUCCUUAGGUCAGGCCUGUUUAAGAGAAGAGGAGUGGACCACGGCCCCGCUGCCAUAAGGAACGCGGGGCUGACGGAGCGGCUCUCCGGCUUGGGUUGCCAAGUGUACGACUUUGGAGAUCUGAGUUUCACUCAAGUGCCCAAUGACGAGCUGUACAACAACCUGGUCAAAUACCCACGCUCUGUGGGAUUAGCCAGCCAGGUGCUGGCUGACGCUGUGAGCGGAGCAGUGGCUGCUGGACAUAGCUGUGUAACUAUGGGAGGUGACCAUAGCUUGGCGCUUGGUUCCAUCAGUGGCCACACCCGGCAGUGCCCUCACCUCUGUGUGAUCUGGGUGGAUGCACAUGCGGAUAUCAACACCCCUCUCACAACUCAAUCUGGAAACCUCCAUGGACAGCCAGUCUCAUUUCUGUUACGAGAGCUCCAGGAUAAAAUGCCGCUGCUUCCUGGCUUUUCCUGGCUAAAGCCCUGCCUCUCAACAUCUGAUAUUGUCUACAUUGGUCUGAGGGAUGUGGAUCCUGCUGAACACUAUAUUUUGAAGAACUAUGACAUUCAGUAUUACUCAAUGAGAGAUAUUGAUCGCCUUGGAAUCCAGAAAGUUAUGGAAAGGACAUUUGAACAAUUAAUGAGCAGAAGACAAAGACCAAUUCACUUGAGCUUUGACAUUGAUGCUUUUGAUCCUUCACUGGCUCCAGCAACAGGGACACCUGUUUUAGGUGGAUUAACAUAUCGGGAAGGCAUGUACAUUACGGAGGAAAUACAUAAUACAGGAUUGCUUUCAGCUGUGGACCUGGUUGAAGUAAACCCAUUGCUUGGAGCCUCUCAGGAGGAAGUGAAUGCUACAGCCAAUCUUGCAGUAGAUGUGCUAGCAACAUGCUUUGGGCACACAAGAGAAGGAGCACACACUGUUUUUGAUGAACUCCCAACACCUAAUUCACCAGAUGAAUCAGACAGUGAGGAGCAAGUGAGGAUUUAGGACUCCCAGAUGAUGGAAGACACUUCACAUUGAGCAUUCCAGGGCUCUGCUGAGGCACUUGAGUGGCUAGAUUAAUGGCCAUGUCAAACACUUGGAGUGUUACUUUUUUUUAAAGAGACUAGGUUUUUUUCCAUUUGACCAAUAACUACUGUAUGAUGUAUACGUUUUAUUCAUUUAGUCAAGUAAUAAAAUACUUAUUACUGUCUAUUACCAUUA